AUGUAUCCCAGAGAAAGGAUUAUGCAAGACCUGAAAGCACGAGCUGACCAAUAUCCAGUAGUGGUCCCGUGGCGAGGUUCGUUUUGGAGAGUGACGCUGAGUGGCUACAGAUAUACGGGUGAGGUUCUCAUCAAAGCGAGCGCAAAGUACUCGAAAUCGGCUGAAGGUAAAGAAAACAAGACGGUAGGACGCUUUCUGCGCCAUUACAAACGAGAUUCCGCCCUCGAUCUUGAGGAGAUAGAUUUGCAGGAGCUUAUGGAGCACUAUAUGGAUCUGUUUGAUCAUAUCUUUUUCUUUGGCAUCCUUACCCGCGUGGGACCCCGUGGCCAGAUCGUCAUGUUGAAGGUUCUGCACAAGUCGCAUCCCAAGCACGUCGGCCAAUUCUAUCAAAACAGCGGCGGCGGCGUUAUUGAACUAAACACCAUGCAGCGAGAAGCCAUAAGCAAGAAGCGGUACAGCGAGAAGAUGCACACGUUCGAUGAGUUGCUCUCUACGCUCGUACAUGAGCUGCUUCACGCUUACCUGGAGAUCUUCUCUCACCCUAACUGCGUGCCGGAAUCGCACGGUUGGGAGUUCGUAAAGCAUCUGAAAACAAUGAUGAAAAGAAUGUCAAGUUGGAUUCCUGACUCCGACGAGUUCCGACAGGAAGCAAUAAAGCCCCACGUGUCCAGUGAUUAG